AUGGCUGAGCUGCGUGAGAUGCUCAGGGAGGAGGCGGCAGAAGUAUGCAAGCCAGUGAAUGGGACAAUCCUGUUGCCACCUAUGAGAGCAAUCAAUCACAGGAUACCACUGAUAGACAAGACAAAAGUGUAUAAGUUCCAACCGUCCAGAUGCCCAGAAGCGCUUAAGAGUCAGUUUGAGUUGAAGGCAUGUAACUACCUGGAGUUGGGACAGUGGAAGCAUAGCACAGGAUCAAACACAAUCCCCAUGCUAUUCCUGCCAAAGAAGAAGGAUGGAAAGGUGGAACUACAAACUGUACUAGACAAGCGCAAGCAGAAUGCAAACACGGUUAAGCUGGCGUCACCCCUGCUGCUCCCCAAGGACAUCCUGUCCAAGGUUAGUAGACACCAAUACAAGAUGCUAUUAGAUGGGAAGGAUGCUUACAAACAGAUACACGUGGUCAAGGAUGACGUGCACAAGACAUUAUUCCACACGCCAAUGGGUACAAUGGUCAGUCGCGUGAUGCAGCAAGGCAAUUGCAAUGCCGGGGCAACAUACCAAGCAUUAAUGAAUCACAUAUUUGCGCCGUACAUUGGGGUAUUUAUGUUUGUAUACCUGGACAAUAUUGUGAUAUUCUCAGACACGCUGGAGGAACAUGUAAAGCAUAUACGUACCAUACUGAGAGUACUCAAACAAGAGAGAUUAUUCCUGAGCCCUAACAAGAUGCAGUUCCUAGGAGGAACUGCACAUCUUGGGACACAUAGUGGACAAGCAGGGCAUUUGAAUGGACCCGCACAAGGUGGACUCCGUGUCAAAAUGGAAGACGCCCAAGAGUAA